GACUCUUAUUGUGGAGAAAUUGAUGUGGCAGCGACAGCUCCAUGAGUUCGGCAGCAUGUCGGAAGCAGACCCGAGAGCCCGGUACCUGUACCGGCUGCCCCCCUCCGUCCUCUGGGAGUUCUGCCGGGUCAUGGAUGGACUGUCGGACCUGGACUGGACCCGCUUCGCCUCACAGGUCCUCGGUGAUCAGACUGCUGUCCGAUUGGCUGAGAGGAGGAGGAGGCGGACUGACUGGGUGAUGAACCAAUGGGAGAACAGGAAUGGGAGAGUUGGAGAGCUGAUCGACCUAUUAGACAGUCUGCAGCUGCAGCGCCCCCGUGAUGUCAUCUUGAUCUGGGUCUCCAGUCUGAAUCCUCCUCCUCCUCCUCCUCCCCCCCUUUCUCCUCCCCUGCCCCUUCUCUCCCCCCUCCUCCCCCGCCUCCUCCCUCACCUACCCCACCCCAGUGGUGCAGUGAUGUGCUGGUCAUAUGAAGAGGUGCAUGCUGGGACAGAGGGGUUCUCCGCCUCUCUGCAAGUGGGGGAGGGGGGGUUCGGCGCCGUGUACCGAGCAUCGCUGUCCAACACCGUCUGCGCUGUUAAGAGGCUGAAACAGGACGGUGAGCUGGACUGGACGGUGCUGAUGAAGAGCUUCCAGACAGAGGUGGAGAAACUGUCGAAGUUCAGACAUCCAAACAUCGUGGAUCUGUUGGGUUUCAGUGAAGGAGGAGGAUCGAUGUGUCUGAUCUACAGCUACAUGGAGAACCAAUCACUGGAGGACCGACUACACAAUGAUUCUGAGUUCCUGUCAUGGUCUCAGAGGAUGAACAUCGUUCAUGGAGCCUCAGCAGCUCUGCAGUUCCUUCACUUCCCCCCUAGAGGACAAACACCACUGAUCCACGGAGACGUCAAGAGCUCCAACAUCCUGCUUGACCGUCACCUGGCAGCGAAGCUUUCUGAUUUUGGUCUGGCUCAGUUUGUGUCUCGGAGCUCUUCGGGUCGCCCGGGGGAUCAGACGGGGGCUCAGACAAAAUCCCUCGGUAAAACGGCGACGGUGAGAGGAACGCUGGCUUAUCUACCGGAUGAAUACGUGAGGAACGGACAGCUGGGGACAGCGGUGGACGUCUACAGCUUUGGAGUGGUGCUGCUGAGGUGGCUGACCGGACGCCGAGCGCUGCACAAAGACAUGAGGUCCGGAAGAGAGAUACCUGGUCAGAACACACACCUGCUCACAUCCCAGUCACUACCUGGAGGAGUCUUGUGA